GUGGUGAUUCUGGAGAGGCGUAACAGAGCUGGUAAGAUUCUGUAUAAGCCAGUUUUGGGAGGAUGGAAUGGCAGUAAAGAAGACAAACACAAGCUUCUGGAGGAACUCGAAAGACUGCAGAAGGAUCCCUCCAUCCUCAAUAAUGAUGCCGUUCUCCCAGAGCUCAACAAUGAGUUCACCUCGAUGUUUUUAAUAAGAUGGAUUUACACGGCAUAUGACUACUUGUCUGAAAUUAUCGAUGAUCUUCUUCACAAUAACUGGCGUGAGAUGAUGCCCCUACUGUCUUUGAUAUUCUCU